CUUCAGCAGCAUUCAUUUCGAAGAGCAGGCAUAAUAUAAGUGCGCCGGGGAAAUGAUGGUGUGUUUGUAUGUAGACAGCGGAAGAAAAUUUGUUGGCAACAUAAACAGACCAAGCGGCGUCAUUGAACCUCGCUUAAGUAUGCUACGCCAACAUACUGGCUCAUGCAAGAGGGGCAAUACCGUUCACAAGCACUGCCACAGGAUGGAUGGAAAUGGCUGGCUGUUGCUCUUAUACUCACCACGUAUGGCUACACUCUGAAAUCCGUCCAAAAGUGUGACUUUGAUGAGCAAGAAAGGAAGCAACUUACGUACUGUGCCAAAAAGCACUUUGAAAGCGUGAUUCUGAGAAACCUUUCAGUAAAGGUUACUCAGAAGAUAAUUCAGGACGUGCUGCGACGUGAAAAUGUCCGCACGGGCUGCCGAGAUCCAAAAGUGAUUUCGGCCAUCGAGAUGAAAGUUUUCCUCAAUUUCACGACGAACAUGCGAAAUCGAGACUUGAAGGUACUCCGAAACGGACUAAUGAAGGGCAAGACAAUGCUCCAGUUUUCUGACUGCUUUACUCGCCUGUACGAGUAACAAGGAUGCACGAGCCUCAAGCCAUCACCAGAUGUUGCCACAACCAGAGCGAACAAAGCAAAUUUGAGAACACGUUAGGAAUACAAUAAAUGAUUUAGUGAGCAGAUUUGUUCUGCAGAGGUGAACCGAAUU